UUGAAAUUCCCCAGCAGGAAGUGUGUCCGUACGUACACACAUAGCAAGCCAUGCUAGGUAGCUAACGCUAGAGAGAAAAUACUCCCAAAGUUACACAUUAAUCUUUAACUGCUCUGUUUAAAAUGGAGAAACAGGAGUUUUCGAAAACGUGUGAUCAAGGCUCCGGACUGCCUCUCUCUUCUUUGCGCCUCCUGGUACCACCUUUGCAUUUGAUGUAUACGUUCAUGUGGCAGGUUCUGCUGCAGAAAAACGUGCAACAUUAUGGAAAACUGGAGGAGUUUGUGUCCUUGGUCACAGAGACUGUUCCCCACCUGCUGAAUUACAGACAAAGAGCACAGCUUCUACUGGGGCUGAGGGCAAGAAUGGUUUUAGAGGCGUUACGAGGCUCAUCAGAUACAAAAAUUGUCCACGCUCACUUGGAGAGAAUGAGACUCCCUGCCAUUCAAACUGGAGGCCCAGUACACAUAGAUUCAGAUUUGGAACUGUCAGUGUCCAACUUCAAAGCACUGGUCCUUGCACUGCUGAAGGACCCAGCAGAAAAAGCAUGUUUCUUUCAGGUGGUAUUUCCUGUGGAAUAUGGCCCAAAGUAUGACACAGCUCUAAAGGAGCUAAUGUGGGAACUACUCUUCUGUCUGGAGAGGUUGCUUCCUGUUCCAGACUUUAAAAAGACGUUGUCUUGGCUCACCCCUGUACCUGCUGGCCUGGACGAAUACAUGCAGUCCGAACCAAAAUGCUUGCAAGCUCUGUUACAGCAACAUAAAGUCAUCGGCAGUGGGGACAAUGAGUACUGGAACAAAGUUUCCAAAACAGGGACUACUCUUUCCACAUCAGGGAACUGCAUUCUUUCCUCCCUCUCCAUUCCUCCAUCAACACAUGUUGCGGUCGCCACUGAACCCAUGGUCUACCACAUCCAGCCAACCACUGUGACCAUCCUGAGCCAGAAUGCCCUGGGCCAGCUGGGCACAGAGGCCAUAAUCGUGACUGACUACACAGAAGUCGAGCUGAGCAGUAACGAAGUGGCAGAGAUCACAGAGGUCAGUCACAACACUGAGGAAUCGGUGAGGAAAUGUGUGGAGGUGAAUAAUGAGAGCAGCUCUGUGGUGGCCAUUCUCAGUGACGAAGGUGCCGCAGAAGAGGAGGAGAUGAUUACUGUAAGCCAGCAAGUAGAGUUCCGUGAGGAACCACAGGACAGAAACAAAGAGGAUAGAAAUUUAUGUGAGAAAUCAACACAGUGUGACAUUAUAAUGGAGAUUCUAGGAGACGGAGGGGGAUUAGUGUCCUUCAAAGCUGAACCUGAGAGAGAAAAUAAAGGUGAACAGAAACAGGAAGAUGUACCUCAGACUUCUGACGAUAGUCAAGAGGAUAGUGGACAAGAUAACUGUACUCUAAAGGAAGACAAAAUCAUGUUUAUAGAAGGCAGAGAACAGACCGUGCAGCCCCAACGGAGGCGUGGCAGACCGAGGAAGAAUGCUGCACCGCCAAAACAGGUUCAGACUGGGAGACGGAGAGGACGGCCUCCGUCAGUCACAGUGGAAAAUGUCACAGAGAAGGAGAAAAAUGAAGACAGAGGGAAAAAAGAUCCAAAGCCCAGCAAACUUGAAGCAGGCCAGAAUGGUGUUGAGACUACAGUGAAAACUAGAGGUCUUCGAACAAGAUUGAAACCACAGCCUGAAGCUUCUGAAGAAAACCCUCGUGCUCGCUAUACCUGUAACGUCUGUGGACGGAAGUUCACCCGCUCGUCCGAUGUGCGGCGCCAUCAGCUCACCCACACUGGCGAGCGUCCCUUCCACUGCACUCAGUGUGAGAAGACCUUCCAGCAUUCAUGGGAUCUGACCAAGCACUGCAAGAAGUUCCAUGGCGAGGCCACCUUCUCGUGCCAGCUGUGCUGCAAGAGUUUUAUAAACCUGCGGGUUCUGACCGCCCACCACAAGGAGAGCCACACAGAAGAGCUUCCCCUUUACUGCUCCAUCUGCGGGGAGGUCAGCCCCAGUGCCGAUGCCCUUAUCGAGCACCGCAAGACUCACAGCGCCACUCACCAGUACAAGUGCGAUGAGUGCGGCGAAGGCUUCGACACCUUACUGCAGCGCUCUGCCCAUCGCGAGAGCCACCGGUUGCAUCGCAAGUUCAAAUGCCCGCAAUGUGACAAGGCAUACACAAGGCGGGCAGACGUAAAGAGGCACCAGCUGACCCACACAGGUGAACGGCCUCACCAGUGCGGCAUCUGUGGGAAGGGUUUCGCCCUACGCGCUGGCCUUCAGAAACACCAGAUGAUCCACACCGGAGAGAGACCCUACCAGUGCUCGCAGUGUCCCAAAGCCUUCAGCCUGAUGUCCAUCUUGCACAGGCAUGAGCGUAUGCACACAGGCGAGAGGCCCUUCCUGUGCUCACAGUGCGGUAAGAGCUUCCUCUCUCUGGGCGAGCUGCUUAAGCAUGAUAAGUCACACACGAAUGAGAGGCCGCACUCCUGCACCCAGUGCAAGAAGACCUUCAAGUCCAAGCGAGGGCUGAAGGAUCACAUGCUCAGGCACAGCGGCCUGCGGCCGCACGCGUGUUCUUACUGUGGCAAGAAGUUCACAAAGUCUUUUGCUUUGAUCAGACACCACAUGAUACACACGGGCGAAAGGCCGUUUUCAUGUACAUACUGCGAUAAAACGUUCCUGACCUCUACAGAAGCUUCUCUCCACAAGCGCAUGCACACUGGAGAGCGACCCUUCAGCUGCUCGGAGUGUCCCUGGAAGUUCCGGACCUCCUCGGAGUUGACGAGGCACAAGCGCACACACAGCCGGGAGAAGGUGUAUGACUGCAACUGCUGUCCCAAAACAUACAAGAGCAUGGCCAAACUGAAAAGCCACAUACGCAUCCACACAACGUUUGACCGAGCCAGGUGCCUUACUGAGGGUGAGGUGGCCAAUGCUGUGUCGUGACAGAACUGGUCAUAAGAACUUGACUGCGGACACAUUUCAGUUUUCAUGUCAGUUUAUUAGGUUCUCACCGAAUAUGUCAUUGGCUCAAACUUGAAGUUUUUGUAAUGGAUUUAAUAUAAUGGAUAUUAAAUCGAUGAUCCUACAAAUCAAGCAAAACUCUUACAGAUCUACCUUAAUCUGUAACUUGCUUUAUUAGAAAAUACUGAAUAUGCUGAGGUGUAUUCUUUACUUAUUUUCAUAUUGUGACUUUGCGAGUUCUUUCGUUUUGGCUGUGAAGUUGUAAAUAAAGUUGAGUAGGCUUUGAAGAAUGUC